AUGCCUCAUGAAAAAUGUUAUAUCCCCUAUCCAUAUACAAAGCCUUGGUUUUUCUCGAAUUUGUGGGCUCAACGAGCGCGUUAUGCGACCUCUUUCAAACUCGAAUCAUGUACAGUUCAAACGAGUCGAUUCUGGAUUCGACCUGCCAUGUUCUCCCUUUCUCGUUCGUCCAAUUUGGUUAAAUGCGAUGUGCACACGCUUCCAAACGCGCCCCAUCCGUUCGCUCGUUCCGACCCGCCCAGCUCGUGCAAAAAUAACGGUCCCGACCUGUUUGAUGAACUCAGGUCCAUCAACCAAAAAUACCGGGCACAAAUACACACUAUGGAGACAUGGCUGAAAGAAAGCAAACAAGAUUUCGACGCGUUAGAAAGUGACCAUUUGACGCUCCUAACUCAGUUCAAACAAGCCAAAAAACUAUUCUACCAAAAAUCUCUAGAAACACUCGAACUUCAAGCAAGACUGUCCAAAAUCGUCUGCCGAUGCCAAGAAGCCAAGGCGUUCAGUUGCGAUAGACAAAUCUAUCAACAACCCAAGGAUGGGCACUCAAAAUCUCAAGUCCAGGCUCCUAUGUCCGUCCACAAUUCAAUGGAUUGUAUCAAAUUCUCCGAAGCAAGACUGGCAGAAAAACUUGAGGCAGAAGAUGCUCAGCUAGAAAGCCCAACAUCUAUACUGACACAACCUUACCAUGAAAGAGACGAAAAAAGAGAUUGGUUAGAAAAAUGUUUGAUAGAGUCACAGCUGACACUCGCGCAGACCAAAAAAGCAUUCGAAGAAUCUGUAAAAAAAGUGUCGAUGUUACAGAAUGCCCUCCUAGAAGCAAUGCUGGAAAUAGCUAAGUUGAGGAGACAACUUUCAUUGCCGGAAAUGCCAAGUCUACUUGUUUCGCCUCUAAAUAUAAAGACCGCUUCUUGCUCAGACCAAACUUCAGAAUGUUCAUUCAAUUUGCUAUCUACCGACAAAACCGCCUCUGCAAAUCUGAGAUUCGAACCGUAUCGAAAAAUUCAAAAACUAAUCGGCCAUCAAAUGCAUAUACCCACAGCAAAUUCAAAAGACAUCUGCACCAAUACGCCAGAAGCUCAAAACACUUACCUACAGAUCAUCUCUAUCUACCAUUUUAUAACCGCCUUGUUCGAAACGCUGGGAUUCAACCAAAAUGAAAUCCCCUUGUUGGAAUCGACGCUUUCAAAAAGAACUCCACUUACAGAUUCUAUUAUCUUUGUCGAUAAACCUAAUCAAUUAUUCCAAAAAGAUCAAGCAAUCCCUCACUUUUUCCCUCUCUUCUUUCACCGUAGCCAAUUCAAUAGCGAAAAUGUUCCCAAGUCUCUAAAAAAUUCUGUGCGGUCAAAACGCGCCCAAAAAGAUUGUGCUACUGCCAAUUUCGACAUCCACUCACCGUCAAUAAAAAACCAAAAUGCAUUCGUCCGACAUACUUGUUGGCACGACCGCCAUUCCAAUACCAAUCAAAACUUGGCCAGCUGCUCUAAAACACCUUUCUUGGCCGAAGUUAUAUCCAUUUAUAGGCAUGUACUGACGCCACAACUGGCCUUCUCGGAACAAAAAUCAGACCCCUUACAUAACACUUCGCGCCCCAUAAAAAAUCGUCAGGAAUUCCACUUUCGCUGCCUGCGCCUUUUGCUCGUGUUGAAGUACUUCCAAAACUUCGAAAAAUCUGUCUUAGAAAACUAUCAAACUUUGCAAUUUCACCAUGGCCACUCUUUCAUUCGUGUCUAUUCAUGUUUGUUCGGAUGCAUUGUAGCACUUAUAAUGAUGUUUUUUGCGACCUUCUCUGGAUCCAUGUGGUCGGCCAUGAAUACCAACAAUCGUUAUUGCAGUUGA